UGGGGAAAGGAAAGAAACGUUUAUUAAAAAAAAAAAAAACUCUACAGCGUAGUUCUGGUUGUCCAACAAUCGAGCGAACACGUGAGUUGAAAGGUCAUCAACCCGGAAGAUCAACAAUGCGAACAAAAGCGCCACUUUGAAGCAAGACGAACGAGCCCGAAAAAGCAGACACAAACAAAAAGGUCCAGAAGGGUUGGUUCCGAUUUAGAAAUGCUCUUCGUCGUCACGUCCGUCGUUUUUGUGAUCUUGUCGAGCCGCCACGGCUGCUCAGCGGCGGACGUGCCAAACUUCGCGGCCCAUUUCGGCUCCAAGACCCGCUACGAGGACUCCGCCGCCCACCGGAGGCUGCUCGCGGAGCUCAACGCCGGGCCCAGGCUCCACACGGACCCGGGCUCGCUUCUGAGGACCCCGAACGGAGAGCGUUGCUCCCCGAUGCACCUGACCGCUGUUGUCCGCCACGGCAGCCGCUACCCGACUGUCAAGAACAUCCGCGCCAUUCGCCAACUCAGCAACCUGCUGCGACGAGUUGAUGGCCAACAGACCCAAGAAGCCCAAAUGGGCGAACGAGGCGAAGGCUCUGCGGCCUGGAACCGGGACGUCCUGCGCCGCUGGGACAUGUGGUACACUGACGACAUGGACGGUCAGCUGGUGGCCAAAGGUCGAGAGGAUCUGCAGCAGCUGGCGACUCGACUUUCCACUUUGUUUCCAUCCUUGUUGGGGGAGGAGUCGGUGCGUGGGGGACGCAUUCACGUGGUGACCAGCUCCAAGCAUCGAUGCGUGAGGAGCGCCGAGGCCUUCCAGGAAGCACUUCACGUCAGAGCCAACAUAACACCGGUGCAAUACCGCCACCAAGUGGAUGACGGUCUGCUUCGUGCUUAUGAUGGUUGCCCUGGCUAUGUGGAGAGUGUGGAGAAGAACCGCACUGCGUUGGCCGAGGUCGACAAGUUCAAGCGCGGCCCGGAGAUGGAGGCGCUGAGGAAGAAAGUGGCAGACAAAUUGGGCCUUCCUCUCCAAGACUUCACGCCAGAUCUUCUGGAGGUGGCCUAUUUUCUUUGUGCUUACGAGCUGGCCAUCAAAUCGCUGCACUCGCCCUGGUGUUUCCUGUUUGAGCCCAGUGAUGCCAAGGUUCUGGAGUACAAGUGCGACCUGAAGUUGUUCUGGAAGCGGGCGCACGGCUACGCCAUCAACCUGCUGGCCAGCUGCCCGCUUUUCCAUCACAUCUUCAGGACCCUGGACAAGGCCGGACGGCCGCGCAGGAAAACCGACACGCCGCCGGAUCCCGCCUCUAUCCUGAUUGGCCACGCUGAGACACUCCUCCCUCUCCUCGGUUUGCUGGGCCUCUACAAGGAUGAGACUCCACCCACUGCAGACAACUACCACACGCAGGACGGUCGCCAUUUCCGUUCAAGUCUGCUGGUGCCGUACGCGGCCAACAUGAUCUUGGUUCUGUUGGACUGCGCGCGAGGCCCCCGGCUGCAGCUGCUGGUUAACGAGGAGCCCGUUCGAUUCCCAGGCUUGCCGCACGAGGACGCGCCACUGUACCGUGAUGUCCGGGCGGCGUACCGUCACCUGCUGGAUGGAUGUGAUUAUCACAAGGCGUGCAGCAGCACGGCUGGCGGGCGCGGACCCAACACGGAGCUCUGAUUGAUCCCUUAUGGGCACAUGUGGCCAAUCGGCAGAGCAUCCUCUGUACGCUGACAAACUGGCUGUCAAGAUUUCACGUCGAUGUUUUGUUUGUGCGUAACUUCUGUCGCUCCCUAGGUUGGCAACCUACGUUCCAACCACAGAAACAAACGUCACUUGCAUACAACGUAGGCAACACCCCUUUGCCACUGAGUGAGCUGACAAUUUUCAUUCUGUUUUGAAGGACAGCCAGUGGGGAAACAAUAUGGAUUAAUCGCAAGAGGUAAUUAUUGUGAGAUUAUUUUCUGCUGGAGAAACACAAAACUCUACUUCACUUUUUACGAAUGGGAGACAUGGGGCCUCUGUCAUUUUCACUCCAUCAUAUCCGGAGGUCGUUGUUGCAAGCGGCGCCAUCAAGUGGGACCAGUGCAGCAAUGUCGCUGGUCAACACCACCCCUCAAAGCUCAUAUGGUGUCAAGUCAAACCAAGCAAGAUGGGAUCGGAGAUGAUCAGCUUCAUCAGCAGAGGAAUGGCUUGGCUGAAGAGGAGGCUUUUAUUGUUUCAUCAUAAAAGCUUUCUUGAUGAUUGGGUUAAUUUGAGCAAUAAAUCAGGCUGGAAGCUGUUGAAUUCUUCAAUGCAACAAGGACCUAACGGGAAAGCAAUGGUUGUGUGCAUUUUCACAAUAAGAGUAUGUGGAGCGUGAGGGUGAGGUUUGUUUUCUGGAAUCUUUUCAACCCUUUUAUUUAUUAGCUAGAUUGACAUUUGCACUAAUGUUAAAGUUGUUUUCGAUGAUGAUGAUGAAUUUGUUUGUGCUUGUAUUCCAAUGGAUAAGGUUUCAACUUGAAAUAAAGCAGGAAGCUGUUUGAUCCAAAU